AUACCUUUUUUGUCCAUUUUUUUCACAUUUUCAGAGCUCCUUUUCUCUUGCAGUUGGUGAGGUUGGUAGAGGAUCUAAGCAGAUGAUUCGAGUGAUGAGAUUCAGAUAACAAAAUUAGACCUUCUUCUUCGGCGAAUUCAACAAUUCACACACAUAAUAUGGCUGAUUAUGAGCUGAAUUUAUAGAUAUCGAUAUUGGAAAGGCCGAAAAAAGUGAGACAAUAUUAAUGGUUUCUUCUAAAGGGUGAGGAGAAGGGGUUUCUAUUUUUCUUGAUUUUGAUUUCCAAUCUCGCGGAGGAAUGUUUUGAGUGAAUCCCACUGUCCCAUCUGUCCUCGGGGACUAACCCAUCACAUGAAGAUUCAAUCUUUACCAGGAAAAGUAGUAAGUUGUUCAUAUCUUGCGCAGUAAUAUACAUAUAUAUACAGAGAGAUAGAGAGAGAGAUGAAGGAGCUGUUUGGAAGCCCAGGGAGAAAAAGUGGGCUGAUAUUGAGGAUUGGGCAGUGUGUGUCAGCAGCUGCUUCAAUUGGGGUCAUGGCCUCUGCUUCUGGCUUCUCAACUACCACUGCCUUUUGUUACUUAAUUGCAUCAAUGGGGCUUCAGGUUUUGUGGAGCUUUGGACUCAUGUGCCUUGAUAUACAUGCUUUGAGGUUCAACAAGGACCUGCAUACCAACAUCAUUGUGAGCCUGUUUGUCGUCGGUGACUGGGUGACCGCUACUCUAUCUCUUGCAGCUGCUUGCUCCUCGGCCGGUGUUAUGAUGCUCUUCAUUAGAGAUACAAAUAUCUGCAAUGAUAAUUUGAAUUUGUCAUGCGAUAUGUUCCAGAUAUCCAUAGCUUUUGCUUUUGCGUCGUGGUUUCUUCUUGCCAUAUCUUCUUAUAUCAUGUUUUGGCUUGUGGCAUCAAUCUAGACAGUUUCUCUUUGACACCCAUCAACACCAUGACCGGAUGCUCAUAGGCCAGUGUGUAUAUUGUCAAUUUUGGAAAGAGCUUUGUAAGAAGCAUUUACAUUUUCUUUGCUUUGCUUUUUUUACCAUUUGUGAACCUCAAACCUUCCCUGUUGAUCAGGGAAGAGAUUUGUUUGUAAGGUCAGAUAUUAAUUCUUGGUCUAUACUUCGACAGCUCUGUUAUAUCA